GUUGCCUGUUACAGCAAUCCUCAAUCCUUGACCAAUUUUUAUCAUAUUUGUCCCUAGUAAAUAUUUGGACCCAAAAUGAUGGAAAAAUAGCGCUCAGAUGAAAACAAAUCCGAAGUUUCCCUUUAAUGGCGUCUGUCUUUCUUGAAACAAUUUCCGGGGCACGAGCUAGAGGAUCGAAGAACGAGGACGGAGGAAGCAUGCAAAUUAGGCAUUGGAAUGCACGGCAGGAUGGGAAUAUCUGCGCAACUGUGAACGUUUUGAACACGUCCUUUUUGUGUCUCGAUCGGUUGUUUUGAGUGGGUGGUGACCAUAGUGCUGCUGCCAAUAGCAAAUGCAAUGCAAUGCAAUGCUAGCUUGCUAGGUAUUCUUGGACAACAUUAGUAUUAGGCGAUUUCAUUAAUCGUCUUUAAUUAAUGUUUAAAGGUGUCCGCUUGUGUCGACUCUUGUAAUAUUUAACACUGAAAAUCCACAAGUGAUGAGGAGGGUCACGCUCUUUGUAAAUGGAACUUCCCGCAAUGGCAAGGUUGUUGCUGUGUACGGGACAUUAGUCGACCUACUCUCAGUGGCAAGCAGCAAACUUGGGAUCAAAGCCUCAAACAUUUAUAACGGGAAGGGAGGCCUCAUUGACGACAUAGCCCUCGUAAGGGAUGAUGAUGUCCUUUAUGUGUCAGAAGGAGACAGUUUUGUUGAUCCACAGGAAGAUUCUGAGGAUCAUGGAGAAUUUCCCAUCCAGGCUCACACUAACUGGUUGACCCUGAAUGUCGGAGGACGUUGUUUCACCACCACAAGGAGCACCUUGGUAAGCAAGGAACCAGACAGUAUGCUGGCCCAUAUGUUCAGAGACCAAAAUGUUUGGGGAAACAAACAAGAUGACCAGGGUGCAUACCUCAUUGAUCGCAGUCCAGACUACUUUGAGCCCAUUCUUAACUACCUCAGACACGGCCAGUUAAUUAUCAAUGAGGGGAUCAAUCUUCGGGGUGUGCUGGAGGAGGCCCACUUUUUUGGCAUGGAGGAGCUUGCUGAGCAGCUGGAUGGCUUGAUAAAGAAUUCCCAGCCUGCCGAUGAUCAUUCACCAAUCUCCCGCAAAGAGCUGGUGCGCUUCCUGCUGGCCACACCCACUAAAUCUGAGCUACGCUGCCAGGGUCUGAAUUUCAAUGGGACAGACCUCUCCCGUCUUGAUCUGCGCUACAUUAAUUUUAAGAUGGCCAACCUCAGCCACUGCAACCUCACUCACUCUAACCUCUGUGGUGCCAACUUGGAGCGGGCAGACCUGUCAUAUUCCAACCUAGAUGGUGCCAAUUUGCAGGGUGUAAAAAUGUUGUGCACCAAUGCAGAAGGUGCCACCUUGAAAGGCUGCAAUUUUGAGGAUCCAGCUGGCCUCAAGGCCAAUUUGGAAGGUGCCAACUUGAAAGGAGUAGAGAUGGAGGGCAGUCAGAUGACUGGCAUCAACCUCCGUGUGGCCACACUGAAGAAUGCCAAACUGAAGAACUGUAACCUACGAGGUGCAACCCUUGCAGGGACGGACCUGGAGAACUGUGACCUGUCCGGCUGUGACCUUCAGGAGGCUAAUCUGCGAGGCUCCAACGUGAAGGGGGCCAUCUUCGAGGAGAUGUUGACUCCACUGCACAUGUCCCAGAGUGUCAGAUAGACCGUUGUUGUUCUCCUCUCCACAGCUUUGCUCGUCCGUCACCUCUCAGAGAUCCGCAGGCAUUGGGCUUGGCCGGGUAUCCAGAGCACUGCUGACUGUUAUUCCGCUGAUCAUGUGAAGAUGUGCACAGUCUACUUCCCAAAACAAACUUCUACUGAUUCUGCUUAAGACCUGUCGUGGAUGACUUCGUUAUGGCCUCUGUAGUUUUGCACUGAUCUGAAUGGUUUGAUGUAGAUCAUCUUUGCAUGUCAUUAUUCUGAGAUAAGAUCCAAAUCCUGUACAUUUGUCCAAGGAAUAAUGAUUUCAAAUAACAAACAAAGAAGCUUAUGCCGUAAGCCUGUACCUGAAUGUAAAGUUGUUUUAAAUACGCAGCUGUCCGAAGAGCUUUUGACCAUCUCCCAUGUUGAAAUAUUGAAAGCUUUUAAAUAUCACUGUAGGAUUGUGAUAAUAGUGAAUCAUUUUGUGUUCAGUCUCUUUGGCAAUGAAUCAGCCUUUUUUUUGUGCAUUGUCCUGCUAUUUUAGUGUCAUGGUGUGUUUUAUUUCUGUGUUUUAAUGUAGACAAACCAAAAAUGGGUGUAGGUGCAAACGUACUGUAUUUUGUACUUUAUUACGAUGAAUGUUUCAGUAAAAAAUAAAUAAAUAAAAGCACAUAUAAUCAUAA